AGGAGGAGUAAGAGUACGAUAAUUUAGAGCUGGCAGGAGGCGGCAGUCAGGUGUGCAGCAGGUGUGGCCGUGGGAAGCAGGUGUGCAUGCGUGUGUGCCGCGCCCUCCGUCCACCAUGGUCUACCUGGACUCCUUUGACGACUUCGAGAAGGCGGCGGAGCGGGUCUACCUCAACGCGCCCAUGAAGACGAGAUGUGUGAUGAAGUACGACCACAGCAACAGUUGCCUCAAGGUCAAGGUUACGGAUGAUAUUGUGUGCCUGCAGUACAAGACAGACAGUCAACAAGAACUCAAGAAACUGGAGAAACUCAUAAGUAACUUAAUGAAACAUAUGGCUUCUGGAGAGAGAUAACAAUCUUUGCUUUUUCUUUUCUCUCAAUCCUUUCCUAACAUGAUCAUCAGUAAUAAAAUCUAUCAAUAGCUUUUGUA